AUGGCGCUCUCUUCUUCUCAGAUCGUCUUGCUGUGUGCCGUCGGCAUUGUCUUGCUGGCCAAACCUGCUCAUGCUUUUGGCGCGGGCAAUAUCGGCUCCACCUCCAAGGUCGAGGGCGAGAACUGGCGACAUGGCGAUCUGGAAGACACGUUGCUCACCCUGGUCGCCGCUCGUGCCAUGGGAGGCAAGAAGUUCAGCAAGCUCGAUGUGAAGAGAGUCUACUUCGGGAACUGGCUUCGCGAUUACAGCCAGGCCGUGGACGUUGGGACGGUCAAAUAUGUCAGCGCCGAGGCCAUCCGCAUUCUUCUUUGGGUCCUGGGAUUCAUGUCCUUUGGCUACGGUUCCGGUGAAUUCGAAGUGACCACAGAGCGUCUUGGAUGCUAUCGACCGGAGGAGCACAUCGACAACCCCAAGGACUAUGCAGACAAUCUAGACGCGCGGCAAUACGAUCGCCGCCUGCGAGGUCCUGUCGAUGAACGUCGCGAGCUGUCCAUCAACCCACAGACUGCAUUGAAGAAUUACAUCGCCUCGGAGGGCAUGGGCAUUGACACUUCGGCCGGCUUGGUCCGAAAACUCUUCGGUCGGUCCAUCCAGCUAGGCCGUCAGUAUGCACGCAGCAAGAACAAGGCCGACCUCUAUGAAGCCCUCCGUCUCUUGGGGACCGGAUCGCACUGCCUGGAAGAUUACGCAGCCCACUCCAACUACGUCGAACUGGCCCUGAUUGAACUUGGUGAACGGGAUGUCUUCCCUCACGUCGGUCGUCGUACUGCCAUCCAGCUUCGCGAGGUGCGGCAUCCGGUCUAUCCAAUCGUGACUGGUACCUUUGGCGGCGUCGACUUUCUUCAUUCGGUCUGCGGCGAGUUCGACGACAAGACCACCCAGUCGGAAAUCGAAGAGCUUGAAGGCACCAUGCAACAAUACGGAAACGGCGACCAAGACAACAGCAUUCUGCAAGGGCUUCUGGACAAGAUUCCGUCGGGGGUCUUUGGCGGGAAAGAUGAGGCGGGAAAGGCUGAUGAGCUGAAACAAAACUCCCUCAACCACGCGAUGGAGAGCAGCCGCAUUUCACCAAGACAACCAGAGGAGUGGACUCAAUAUCUCAACGACGUCCAGAGACAGAUCUUGCCCAUCAUCGAGUGGCACGACGAGAUCAUGAAGGCCAUUACUGAGACCAUCGAGAAGAUUCCCAUCCUUCCCGACCUCAUUGAACAGCUCCAGGACGAGAUCAACAAAUUCGUAUUUUCUCUUCUGGCACCAUUCGUCGUCCCCAUCAUCAACCAAGUCAAAACAGAACUCAACACGGGAUCCAGCGAAAUCAUCAACUCCAGCAAGGAUAAGCAGCACAUCGUCUUCAACGACGACAACUCUUCCGACCCCACCCACUCAAUGCUUGCCAAAGACCAUUUCUCCAACAUUCUCAAUGAACCCGCCGGCAAGGUGGCCAGACAGACCGUCAAGUGGGUUGUUCCUCAGAUCGUGGCCUGCUGGGAUGACGAGAGUAUCGAUGUCAAUCGCACCCUGGACCGCAUCAUCCAUGGCGUUCUCCACCACCCGGCUCUCCGCGACCACGGUCAAGAUGGUGCCAGCGAUGGCCGUCAUUUGAUGUUUAGCGUCGUCGAAGAUUGGUGGCGAGGCAAGAGCGAGCAAGAAAAGGACGGAUUGCGCCGUCAACUUAGUCGUGAGGGGGUGCGGUCCGGUGAGAAUCAUAAGCCUGGGGUUCAGGACCAUGGCCACGGCAGCAACCGACCACUCGCGAUGGCGAACCUCAAUUCCGGUAGCCCGUUGUCUGGUUUUGGAGGCGACGCUUUCGGUGCCAUCGGCUCGGCUUUCGAGGGCGGGAACCCAGGCAGUGGACACUCCACUGCGCCUGUAGAUAAGAUUGGCGAGAUGGCCGGCGCCGCAGUUGGGGGUGGAAUACUCGGAUCUUUGGUGGGAGGUCUGACCAGUGGACUUGGAGGGAACCUCCUCGGCGGCGGGCUCGACACCAACAGCCAGACGUACAAGCGCGACUCGUACGGGCAGGAUGGCUCGUACACCGAGACCGUGACCGAGGUCGGCCAGUCACAAUCGGGUGAUCGAUACGGCCAAGCCCAAUACUCGUCGACCACUGGGGCUGCUGGCGGUCGUACCCACGAGGAGUAUAACCGCUUCGAGCAGACCGAGUACGGUGGACGGCUGCAGUCCGAAGUCCACCACGAAGAACGCACCAGCACUGGACAGUAUCGUGAGGAAACCCGUCGCUAUGGCGAUGGCGAUGGCGAUGACGGUGGCGCAUACGGUCGUCGCCCGGAGCACGAACGACAUCAUCGUCGGGGAUCCGGGUCACAUGGACGCCAUCACGAUUCCGAGUCGUACGAGCACCAUCGUCAUGAUGACGGUGGACAUCCGCGUGGCGACGAGGGGCGCUUUUACGGUAACCAGGGACAGGAUCGUCGUCCGGAACCCGAGAUACCAGGCUACGGCGGUGUUGAAGGGUUUGGCCGUCACGAGCGCCGUGAAGACUAUGGCAGGCGAGAAGACAACGAAUACGGCUCCGGUGGCGGGUAUGGACGUCAGCAAGAAUCCACUUACGGUCAAGACCAGUAUGGGCGUCGAGAAGAAUCCGGAUUCGGAUCGGCCGAGUAUGGGCGUCGGGAAGAACCAAGUGGUGGGUUCGGCGGUCCGGGCAGACGUCGAGAUGAACCCGACUUUGUUCCUGGCGGAUUCGGAGGGCCUCGAGACGAACCCGGAUUUAUCCCCGGUGGGUUUGAUGCACCUCCACGCGAACCCGACUUUGGCGGCGGCGGCUUUGGCGGCUUCGGCGGCGGUCGAGAGGAAUACGGCUCCGGUGCUGGUCGAGGCUACGGAGGCCAACAAGAGUACGGAGAACCGCCCCGCGAGGAGUAUGGCCGCCCGGAAGGUCAAGGUGACUACGACGCUGGGUAUGGUGGUGGAGAUGACGAUAAUGAGGCAUAUGCUCAGCGUCGGCGAUAUGGUGGCGAGGACGAGGGCGAGAACGAGGGUUAUGGCGGCGGCGGCGGAUACUCCCAGUACUGA